CUGAAUCUGCUGUCUCUAAAUCUGCUAUCUCAAAAUAUGCUCAAAAUCCUGAGAAAACUGAGAAGAAUAAUACUCAUACUUCUAUUGAUAGAAAAGUGAAGAAAAAAAUACAAAAGAAGAAAAACUUUCAAAUCUUCAGAAAUAGAAGACUUAUUCUCAAA